CACUUCCCGGCAUGCCGCGAGGCAGCCACCGUCUGUUGUUUUCCUAAGGAGACGCGGCUAGUUUAAGUUGCCAUAGCAGAGAGGGUGUUUCUGCUAGCUAGCACGCCUAAAGCGCCACGCCAGCGCCGCUUGUGUACUGUUUUAGGGUGUUAGCAUGCCCUUGGUCCUUUUAUGUUGGACGAAUGCAACGCCGUGUUGCUUUAGCUGUAGUGCCACAUGGCUAAAUUAGUUGGCUAACGUUUCAUUAGCUAGCUAGCUAGCUAAGGGUUACUAUAGUGAGUUGGCACUUGUUGCUAGCUAGGAGGAACAUCAAUCACAACAAUGUCCAGGACUGUGAUUGAUUGUGUGAGCUGCCGUUUGUAUUUAACAUAAUUAAUCUUAUUUAUCCAGCCAGACACUGUCACCAAACUUUGGGACCAUUGCCCUAAACUAUGGACACUUCCAGCGAAUCGGAGUCGUACAGCAGGAUGCGGGGACACAGGCCUCGGGGGCGUGAAGCCCACCGAAGACCUGGCCGGAACAGGACGAGAGCUAGUGGCAGCGCAGGCGAUGCUCCAGUUGCAGACAUUUCAGAAAAGAUUAGCACCUUGGCAAACACUCUGCAGGACACUAGUAAAAACCUGACCAAAGUAGAUCAGAUGCUAGGCCAGUACAGGGAGCAUACAGACGACCAGGCUGAAGCCAUGGCACUGCUCAGAGAAAACCUGGAGGAGUCGAUAAGUCAGCUGCAGACACAGAGACUGGGCAGACCCAGUGGUGCCAAGAGUGCUUCCGCCUCAACCCUGCGUACCAGUGACUUGGAGGCUUCCUCGGGAUCAGGGACUACGGAAGACCAGCGUUUCCAUCCUACCUCUCCACUGAAAGACUAUACAGUCCCCCCAGGGAGAAGGAAGAGGUCUCAGUCUGCUGGCGUUCGCUUCAAGGAUGCCAGUCUGACAGGACAGGAUAUUCAUACUUUGCACCAAUCCCUGAGGGAUCUGCGCUGUGACCAGCAGAGGCUGUCAUGUGACCUGGAUAGAGAAAUCCUCAGGAGAAAUCGGUCUGAAAUUGACACCAGGCGGGCAAUGGAAAGCCUCACAGAGCACAUGACAACUUCCCAGCGACAUGACUCGGUGUCAUCUCGCGUGGAGCGACGUCUGCAGGAGCUGGAGCGAGAGAUGCACACAGACAGAGAGAGAAGGCCUGAGCAGCAUGUGGCCAUGUCUCAGGAGCUGCAGGAGGCGUUAGGAAGGCGCCAGGUACAAACAUCUGAGAAAGAUGACGUGACAGACAGACUGCUGAAAGCCGAGCGAGAGAAGUACAAGAUGGAGCAGGAGCUUGAAAGAGCUAGAAGACUACUGCAACAGUCAGAGGAUAGCAGAGAGUCCCUUGUUCAACAGGUGGACGACAUGCGUGGUGAGCUGCAGAGGACGAAGAAGGAGAAGACGGAGCUUCAGAGGGCCCGGUUGGAAACUUUUCAGCCCACUGCUCAGCCACAUGGCAGACACAGUGACAGAGAAGAGGGGAGAGGUGGACUGUGUGGGCCAGAUCGAUUGGAGCUGGAAAAAGAAGUGGCAGAUCUGCGAGUCCAGCUGUGCAAGGCAUCAGUUCUCAGUGAAGUUGAAGAUCUGAAAAGGGUUCUGGACCGUAAAGAGAAGGAGAAGGUGCAGCUCAGUGUGAAGGUGGAGGAAUUGUCAUUAGACCUUGCACGGCGGGAACAACAGCAACUACAAAUGCUUGAACAGUUGAAAGACAUACAGUCAUCCUUUCAGAGCCGAGGGCAGGCAGAAAGGAGGGAGAUAGAGGAGUUACUUCACGAGAGCACGCGGAGCAGAGACGAAUUGAAGACCAGGGCUCAGGAGGCUGUGCGCCAGUGGAGGGCAAAGUGCAGGAGACUGCAGAAGGAGCUAGAGGAGGCAAAGGCCCAGGCUCAGUUUCAUACGGAGAAGGCCUCCCAGGCAGCCAGGGAAAAGGAGAGCUCUCAGGCCCAGAUGAAGGCGCUGAGCCAGCAGACCGAGGCGGCCCGCAGGGAACUUGCUGAAAUCCUAGGCCGUUUGGCCCGGCGCGAGGAAGAACUCCGCUGCAAAGAUGUAGAGCUGUCCGAGACCCGCCAGCGCCAGUUGUCAUUGGAGCAGGAAAUCCAGCAGGUGAGGGAGACUUCAGCUGUGCUGGAGGAAGAGACUCGGCGCCAGGAAAGCAUCCAAGCAAGACUAAGAGAAGAGAACCAGAGGCUGGAGGAGCGGGCUGACGUCCAAGCCCGCCGUUGUCAGAGAGACCAGGACACACAGGCCGAACUUCAGGGUUCCCUGAAGCAGAUGACCUCAGCUCACGCCCAGCUAGUGCAGAGGUUAGCGGAGGAAGAGAGUUCUAGGAAGGAGCUCCAGAAGACUGCUUUGGAGGUGCAGGCUAGGCUGGCAGUGGUGCAGGAGGAGCGGGCCACCCUCAGUGAACAGCUGCGUCUAGAGAGAGAGGUGCAUCUGAAGGAGCUGCAGAGCAUGAAGUCGAUGGGAGACAACAGGCAGCAGAAGGACCGGGAAAUGCAGGACAUGCUCAAGCUCUGCUGUCAGGAGCGAGAUGAAACUCAAGCACUGCUAAUGGAGGUCAAGGCAGAUGCAGCGUCAGACAAGGAGCUGUGUGGGGCGCUGCGCAUCAAGUUGGACAGGAUGAAGGAUGAGUGUGAUAAGCUGGCAGCACAGCUGAACACAAAGGGCGAGGCACACGCACUUCUCCUCAGAAAAUACCAGACUCUCAAACAGGAAAUGGAUGAAAAACUUAGGUCCAGUGAGCGGAGACGUGCUUCUGAGUCGGAGCUGGAGCAGAAGCUGUUGCGGAUGGAAGCAGAACAAGAGAUAAUCCUUACCUCCAUCGGUGAGGAACUAGAUGUAGCCUGCUGCACCCUCGCUAUGGACAGUGAAGACAAACUGCAGGCUAUUUCCCAGAAACCUGGAUUAGUCAAAGACCCCCACCUCUGGUUAGCUGAGACCAAGACCAAGUUACGCUGGCUGUGUGAGGAGGUGCGGGAAGGCGGCAUGAGAGAACAACGCCUGAGGAAGCAGCACCAGCAGACCAGGGAUCAGUUAAAAGGCCUCAGGCAGAGCCGGGACUCGGAGCAGGCGACUCUGCUAGAGCGCUUGGACCAACAGGAGAAGCUGCUGCACUCCCUCAGCACUGAAAAGAAAGAGCUGUUGGAGAGAAGUCGGAGAAAGGAGGAAGAAAUGAGGAGCCUUCAGGAUCGUGUUUUGGAUCUCGAGAUGAACACAAGAGUCGCCCUGGAUCACCUGGAGUCCAUUCCAGAGAAACUGUGUCUGAUGGAGAACUUUAGAGACUUGGAGGAGUCCCAGCGGCAGAGGGAGAUUGUAGAGCAGCGCUACACCAAAUACAAAGAGAUUGUCUGGGAUCUGCAGCACCAGCUGGACGAGUCCAAACGCAGAAUCCAAGAGUACCGGGAUGAGAAGCUGGACGCCACAUCCAGGACUCUGAAACUGGCUGCUCUGUCCUCUUCCAUCAAUGGCCAUAGCACAUUCCUAAGCAGCUCCCUGAGAUCAGACGCACUGUCAGCUCCUCUCAAACAUAUGACCAGCUCAGACUUGGAUGACUCUGCAGUGAACGGGGCCAAACAUUUCGAAGAUUAGCUCAACCCUCAAGUGAACCUUUAUCUCAAUCUACACCCGCACAUAAUGCUUUCCAUAGUCCUUUACUUGAACCCUAACCAUCACAACUAAAGGCAGACGUCUCACCUUUGCUCUAAUCCGAACCAAAACUCAAUUGUAACCUCGGCCCUAAAAUCACAUCUUGACCCUCAAACAAGCCUUUGGACUGGUGGGGACCUUCCAAGUGUCCCCACGUUGUCCUCACCUUGAUAGCAAAAACAUGGUUUAUGGAAAAAUAUGUACACACACACUCCAGCUGAUGCUACCUGGCUGGUUCCCAUCCACAAAACAACUCUACCGUAAUAGGAGGCCUUGCACUAAACACUUCCUCAACACCUCAGAAGCAAUAAUAAAGUUGUUUGAGAGCAGAAGGGUGAAACAGAUUAGGUUUGGUAAACACUUUGAAGGAGAACUCAUGAGCUUAUACACUGUGAAGGUGUGUUUACUGUACUGUAAGUGUUUAAGCUAUUCAUAUGAACCUGAGUUGAAUGUAUUUUAAUGUGGACAGUAAAUGCUUUACUUUUACACUUCUUGCCAAUGCUCCAACAUUUUGAUAUGCAACUUCAAUUGUGAACCUGCUUCCUAUAUGGUUCUGGUUUAGUGGGUGCCAGUAAACAAAUGGUAAUGAACUUUCAUCUGUCUGUCAUUGUUAAGUAAGUGUGGUACUUACAUUUACUCCCCUACCUACAACAAGCUGAAACUCAGUAAAGUUUUCCUUUUAACAGCUCAACAGCUGUUUAAAAAAUAGUUUCAUCAUGACCGGUGUGUAAAGUGACUCCACACAAACUGGUGCCUUUGGAACACAAUGCAGUUAUUUUUUUACAAACACACUUUAAAGGUGCUUCAUCAUGACUUUGUGGCAGCUCUUUGUAUGUCUCACCAUCACUUUUAAUGUACUGAGCAAUUUAUCACUUUUUGUUUUGGGCAUGACUGUGUAUAUUUAUAAAAAGAUGACUAUGUUCUAUAAAAUAUGAAGAAAAUGUAUACACUGAAUAAAUCCCCAUGCAGCUAAAUGCCUGCCUGGUUUUACAAGAACACUUCAGUCCCUCUUCAUUUCAAGAGGCUCCAGCUACUAUGACCUAUUUUUCACAUCUUACUCUACUGUGGCAUAAUUUAGAGGACAUACUAUCAUGUUUGCUCAUAUCACCUAUCAUUUGAAGGACAACCUAAACUAUGGCCUAAUUUGCACAUACAGUACUACAGUAUGGCAUAUUUGUUACAUCAUACUAAACUAUGUACUAAACUAUAUAUGUGUGUUAUUUUGUAUAUUCCUAUUUGAUUUAGUUUAUAAUUAUUUUUUGUUAUGUAUUUUACAGUUUUGGUAAUAUUUACCAGUUGUUUUCUAAUUAUUGAAGCAGCAGAGAGUAUUUGUUUGCUUUUAUGUUGUUGUUUUUUUUGUAAAAUCAAAGGGUUUGAAUUUAAAA